GGUGACACCACACAGAACCCCACUGAGAGAGGCCAGCCAAAGGUCACCAAUGGAUUCUGGAGAGAGAGAAGGAGAGAGAGGGGACAUGAAAAACAUAUGGCUAGUAAAAUGAUGUAAGCAUGGAGAUGUGGGGUGCUCAUUUUGAGACAAUUAUGCUGGUCCUUGAAACCUAAAAGCUGUGCUGGUUGGUGAAGAUCACUGCAAUUCGCAGCCAUUUCCCAUUGCUAAUUGCUACCACUCCAACAUCACAACAACUUUGCAUUGUUAGUUGUUAACUUCACCUCCUACUCUCCUAGUUUAUUUUUAGCCUCAUUUUCACCUGAUACAUGGACUAUCUUUCUACUACUAUGUGGUAACAAUAUCCAUGUAUUUAUAGGGAGGAGAAGAAGAAGACAAGAGCACCAAUGUGUGGCAGAUACAGACAGUUUUCAGGAGAGAGCACAAGAAGAGGCAGCAGCAGAAGUUGCAGCAGCUAGCUUGUCAUUGAUCGGAAAUCGGAUCCCACUACAAAAUUCAGGCGGCUCCAAAAACCCAGAUCGAUGAGCUCCACUCUGAUGGCUUCUUGCUGCUUCAUCAUCUCUUACAAGAGGCCUCGCCCAAUCAUUGCCACCUUUGUCCCCUUCCUCCUCCUCCUCUUCUUCUUCGCCGUCGUCGUCGCCGCCUCGUCGUCCAGCAAUGGCACGGCGGCGGCGCUCCACCCCGGCGAGGAGCUGCUCCGGCUUGAGAGAGUCAGGGCACAGCUCGCCAGGGUCAGGAGAGCUUCCGUCAAGACGAUCCAGAGUCCCGACGGCGACGUGAUCGACUGCGUGCCGUCUCACCUGCAGCCGGCGUUCGAGCACCCGAGGCUGAGAGGCCAAAAGCCAGAGGAGCCGCCCUCGGCGAGGCCGACGGAGACGACGAGGAGGAGGAGGAGGAGGAGGAGGAGUCACGCCCACGGCGGCGGCGGCGGCGAGCACCGGGAGGAGGAGGACGACGGCGAGCACGGGUUGCGGCAGGCGUGGUGGGCCGCCGGCGAGGCGUGCCCGGAGGGGACGAUACCGGUGAGGCGGACGACGGAGGCCGACCUGCUGCGAGCCAGCUCCGCCGCCGCCGCCGGCGGCCGGUUCGGGAUGAAGCCUCGCGGCGUCGGCGUCGUCGGCGGCGCGGCGCGGCGCGACUCCACCAGCAGCGGCCACGAGCAUGCGGUGGGGUACAUGAGCGGGGGGCAAUUCUACGGGGCGAAGGCGAGCCUGAACGUGUGGCCGGCGAAGGUGGCGUCGCCGGCGGAGUUCAGCCUCUCCCAGAUCUGGCUCAUCUCCGGCUCCUUCGGCAAUGACCUCAACACCAUCGAGGCCGGAUGGCAGGUGAGCCCUCAGCUGUACGGUGACAACAACCCAAGGUUCUUCACGUAUUGGACAAAUGAUGCGUACCAGGAGACGGGUUGCUACAACCUGCACUGCUCAGGGUUCGUCCAGACCAACAGCCGGAUCGCCAUGGGCGCCGCCAUCUCCCCCAUCUCCUCCUUCGCCGGCCGCCAGUUCGACAUCACCCUCCUCAUUUGGAAGGACCCGAAGCAGGGUCACUGGUGGCUGCAGCUGGGGUCGGGUGCGCUGGUGGGCUACUGGCCGUCGUUCCUCUUCAGCCACCUGGGCGCGCGCGCCGACAUGGCGCAGUUCGGCGGCGAGGUGGUGAACACGCGGCCGUCGGGGUCGCACACGCCGACGCAGAUGGGCAGCGGCCGCUUCCCCGGCGAAGGGUACGGCCGCGCCGCCUACUUCCGCAACGUCCAGGUCGUCGACUGGGACAACAACCUCAUCCCCGCCGCCGCCCUCCGCCUCCUCGCCGACCACCCCGCCUGCUACGACAUCGCCGGCGGCCAGGGCGCCGCCUGGGGCAGGUACUUCUACUACGGCGGCCCUGGCCGGAACGCCCGCUGCCCAUGAGAUGAUGAUGCUAGCUAAUUCAAGGAAAAUAUACGAUAGAGUAAAUCUUCUCUUUGUUUUUUUUGCUUUUUCUUUCCCUCUCAAUCUUCUUCAGGUUCUUGUGUGACUGAGCAUAUGUUCAUCGAGUUUUAGCUUAGUUUGAUUAUUUAUGUAUAUUUUUGCAUUCAAAUUUACAGUCUUACAUCUUCUCUUUGUUGCAUGUGUAA